AUGAACGCCAUUGUGUUCAACAAGCUGAGUGGCCAGGUUCUGUUUGAGGAUAAGGCCAACGAGGUGGAGAUGAGCAGCAGAAAUUACUUGGAAGUCAUGGACGGACAACAUCCGGAUCUCCUCUCCAGCAACCAGGCUCUUAUGGACAACCAAGCCAUCAGACACAGACGGAACGGGGGUCGACCCGGUGGCAGCAAAGUGCGACACAAGCGUCAGGCCCUGCAAGACAUGGCGCGACCUCUCAAGCAAUGGCUGUACAAGCACCGAGACAACCCUUACCCCACCAAGACGGAGAAGAUCCUGCUGGCUCUGGGUUCACAGAUGACCCUUGUCCAGGUUUCCAAUUGGUUCGCCAAUGCCAGGAGGCGGCUGAAGAACACGGUGAGGCAGCCUGACCUAAGCUGGGCGCUUAGGAUCAAACUCUAUAACAAGUAUGUUCAAGGCAACGCUGAGAGACUGAGCGUCAGCAGCGACGACAGCUGUUCAGAUGAUGGAGACAACCCUCAGAGGACCCAGAGCGGCGCCGUAGAGCUCACUAAGCCUAUGUACCAGAGUGUCAUCAAGAAAGAAGGCUCUGCCAUGAUGGGCAUGGCCAUGGGGAUGGGAACGGGGAUACGCUCGGCCACCGAAGCCGCCUCGCUGGCAGACGACUACGUAUCCCCGCCGAAAUACAAGAGUAGUUUGUUGCAUCGCUAUCUUAACGACUCACUGCGCCACGUCAUGGUGGCCAACGCCGUCAUGGACGCUCGCAAGAGGAACCACUCGGGCUCCUUCAGUUCCAACGAGUACGACGAUGAUCUGCUCUCGCCGACCUCCUCAGAGGCUGAGGCAAACUUUGUUUAUCGGGCUGAAACCACAGAGCAUGGAUCAAGUAAAUAUGACAAAGCUGAACAGAAGGAGAAGGUGAAGGGCAAAGACGAGACGUACUGGAAGGAGAUCAAUGCCGCCAUGGCCUUGACCAAUAUGGCGCAGGGGAAGGACAGUACCUCCGGGACCACCAGCUGCAUCAUCCAAAAGUCUUCCCAUAUAGCAGAAAUCAAGACUGUUAAAGUGCCACUUGUGCAUAAUUAUUAG